AUGGCAUGCAUGUGGCGCAAGAAUGCCGGCAGUGGGAAGAAACCGCCAUCAGAUGUGCCGAGAGGUCACUUGGCUGUGACAGUAGGAGAGGCGAACAGGAGGUUUGUGAUAAGAACUGACUACCUGAAUCAUCCGGUGCUUCAACAACUGCUAGACCAAGCAUAUGAAGGAUAUGGAUUUAACAAGAGUGGUCCUCUGGCUAUACCUUGUGAUGAGUUCCUAUUUGAAGAUAUUCUUCAUUCACUUGGAGGAGGGACGCACACGCGCCGAUCCUCUUCACAUGUGCUUACAAAAAAGCUAGAUUUGUGCUUUUCCAAAGACUCAGUACCACUGCUUGAAUCUUUUGACAGCAAAAGGAGCAAUAACUACAAGCAUUAA